UGGACCGAGGAAAACACUAUUCAUCUUGAAUCUCCAGAAGGGCAAGUAGAUCAGAAGGGAGAACAUAUAGGACCUCUUUGUUGAGCUUCCAUAGUGUCCUACAAAAACAAACAACUACAAACACCAGAAAACACAAAUAAGCAAGAAAAAAAGAACAUGCACCCCAUGAAAAAACCUCUCUCUGAUAAGCACAGGUUGUAGCAAAAUAAAAGAGAAAGAAAAAAGCAAAUAAAAAUACAAAUCCACCCAGCAAUGGGGAGGAAAAUCCACAGCUGGAAAAGGUGAGAUGCCUCUCUUGCUUGGUGAAACAGAAAAGGCCGAUAGGUGGCAAGUGUCAAAGGAUGAACCCUAGAGAAAAAAAAGGAAAAUAAAGAAAAAAAGAGAGCCGGAGAAAGCUCAUAGUUAACUUGACUAAGUUAAAUUUCGUGAAACAACGCUUAGAGAUAAAGUACUACCAACUAGUUAUAAUCCCUGUGGGGAUGUGCUUGAAAAGCCUAAAAAGGGACAGCGUUCCAUAGGCUGUAAAAGGGGCAAGACCCAUUUUCCGUAAAUAGCACACUUAUUGAGACCCAGAAAAAAGAGCAUAUUUUCCUUGCAAGAAAUUGCUGAUUCCUCAGACCUCUCUCUUUUCUUUUCAUUUUUAUUACACUGCUUCUCAGUUUUCACUCACCAAUCUCGGAGACAAAGAAGGGCCGAGUUCUUGCUAAAGAGCUAAGAGAUAUAGCGGAAACUUUUGCUUUUUUUCAUUUGGGUACUGUUUAAAACAUAAAGAAAAAAAAUCAUUACACCAUGAGGAAGAAGAUGUGGGCUUUACGAUGUCUCUUGUUUCUUGAAUGCUUUCUGGUGAUGGCAGUGGAGGCAAAUGUUCAAGAGAAGGCAGAAGCAACAAUUCCAGUGACUACACUAUCACCUCCAGAAGGAAACACAACAUUUCUAGGUGGAACCACAUGGUGUGUGGCUCUUGCAGGAGUGUCUCAAAUAGAUCUGCAGAAUGCAUUAGACUGGGCCUGUGGUCUAGGCAUGGCUGAUUGCUCUCCAAUCCAACAGGGUGGUUCAUGUUUUGAACCUGACACACUUCUUUCUCAUGCAUCUUUUGCUUUCAACAACUAUUACCAGCAAAAUGGCAAUUCUGAUAUUGCUUGUAAUUUUGGAGGAACUGCUACCUUAACCAAAUCUAACCCUAGUUAUGGAAAAUGCAAUUAUGCUGCACCUGGAUUGGGAUCUCUUCACUCUUCGGCACCCCCAUUUUCCGAUUGCAUGCCAAAAAUAGUAUGGUGGAAGUUUCUUGUGAUUUUGCUCCUUUUGUACUUGAGAAGCUGAGUAUUUGUGCAGAUGAGGACUUGUGGAUGAAGCUUGAUGAUGAUGAAGGCAUUACCAAUUCUCUUCAUGGGGAAGAAAUUCUUAAUUAAGAGGAAGAUCUCCUUUUUUUUGUAUUAGCUGAGAUUAAUCCUUUUUUGGUAAUUGGAAUGGUUAAGUCAUGUAUGCUGAUGCCUGCCUUAGCUUUGUGGGUUUGGAAUAUAUGGUUUUGCAAUCAAAUCCUUUGCCUUUUUGUCUCCCAAAUGCUUUUUUCAAUUAUGGGUUAGCUGCUAAAGCUUCCUUGCUUCGGAUU